AUGUUAAAAACAUCAGGAGCUGGAUAUGCCAUCAUUCUUGGCUUCGGCGCCCUAUUUGUCUCCAUAGUGCUUUUCAUCUCACGCUGGGCAGCGAAGCACAAUAAUGAAGUACAGGGCUCCGAGAUGUUCACCACGGCAAAACGCUCCAUCAAGUCCGGCCUGACAGCAGCAGCCGUUGUUUCGUCUUGGACCAUUGCAUCGACUCUCCUAUCAUCUACCACGUGGUCAUACAGCUACGCCGUCGCCGGGGCCUACUUCUACGGUGCAGGAGCCCUUACAGUCAUCGCCGUCUUCGUCAUGUCCGCUAUCGAGCUGAAGCGCCGAGCUCCCGCGGCACACACAUUCUUCGAAGUCAGUCGGAUCCGAUACGGUCGAGGUGGACAUAUUGUUUUCAUGGCAUACUCGACCCUUUACUGCGUCAUCAACUGCGUCAAUAUCCUGGUUGGCGGCUCUGCUGUCUUUAGUUCCAUGACUGGCAUGAACCAGAUCGCCGCCAUCUUUCUCCUCCCGUGCGGAAUUGUUCUGUUCACUCUUAGUGGAGGUGUCAAGGCUGUCAUCAUCACGGACUACAUGAACACCAUCUUCAUCCAUUGCACAGUUCUAUCUGGUGUCUUCGUGGCGUACGCAAGGCCUGAUUCUGUUCUCGGAAGCCCUGGCAAAGUUUGGGAGCUCCUCAAGGAGGCUGCGACGCGAGCUCCAGUUCCGGGUAAUGCCGGCGGCGAGUACCUUACAAUGAGGUCAAAUGAUGCCAUACUUCUUGGUAUUAUCCUUUGGUGCGCCAUCUUUGGCUGCACUAUCGAUGUCCAGCUCUUCCAGAAGUCCAUCACUGCCGAUCCUGCAGCGACUUUGCCAGGGUAUAUCAUUGGUGGUGUCGCCUGGUUUAGCAUUCCCUUCUGUUUGGCUACAACUUUUGGCCUCUCAGCUCGCGCCAUGGAGUUCACUGAACUUCUUCCCCGGGCCAUCACGCCUACAGAGGUUGCACAAGGUCUGACGCUUCCGAUCGCAGCGGGUGCAAUGAUGGGAAAGGCCGGUCUGGUCCUUGUUCUCAUCAUGGUAUUUAUGGCUUGUACUUCUGGAUUCAGUGCAGACACUGUGUCAAUUGCUUCGGUCUAUAUCUACGAUGUCUACAAGGGCUACUUCAACAAGAAUGCGUCGGGAAAACAGUUGGUUCAUAUGUCACACCUUGCUGUCGCCAUCUGGAGUCUACUCAUGGCUGUCAUUGCCACGGGCAUCUCAAGAACUGCUAUUGGUGUAAACUACAUCGUCACUUGUAUUGGAAUCUUCUGUGGAUGUGCUGUUUUCCCUUUCUAUGCUACUCUUCUUUGGAAGAAGCAAAGCAAGUCAGCCGUUAUCUGGGCCCCAAUCCUGGGUUCGGUCACCUCUAUUACAUCAUGGCUGUGUUCCGCACAUGCCCUCCACGGCGAGGUGACAAUCUCAUCGACAAGCCAGGUCAUACCGCUCUUAAUUGGAAACGUGGUCUCUGUGCUAUCAGGAAUCAUUUUCUCUGUUGCUAUUACCUAUGUCUUUGGUGCUGACCAGUUUGAUUGGUCUCUUCUGCAGACGGACAUCCAUACUUCCAAUGACAUGGAUGUUCGAGGGAUGACUGCACGUCAAGUAGAGGAGCAAGCCCAGGCCGAAAUUAUCAGCCCUGAGAUGGACGCGCUUCUCAGGAGGGGGACACGCAAGGCCAUCUUCGCUACGAUGAUAUUCUUCCUUAGUAUGAUGGUUCUGUGGCCGCUUCCCAUGUUUGGCACUUCCUACGUAUUCUCCAAGGGCUUCUUCGAAGGCUGGGUGGGAAUCACUUUCAUUUGGGCAUGGGGCGCUGCACUUGUCAUCACUCUCUUGCCACUAUGGCAAUCGCGAUCAACACUCUUCCUUUUCGUACGGACUUGUUUUGGGUUGAAAAAGAUUAUCGCUCAGGACGAUAGUAGCAUUAACCAAGAGACGAUUGAGCACGAGGGUAAAUAG